AUGUUUGCGCUCAAUGUCCAGCGACCAGAUCCUCUCUAUAGCAAGGUUGUGGAAGUGCCCGAGCGCGUCACUUUGCACGGCUCAUCAGCCUAUAAACGAGGGGACGCACUGCCCGACUACGCAAUUGCGAAUGGCCAAACAUGCGAGUCCCUGGACCAGUUCAAUGCGGGAGAUGUAGUCGACGGGAUAUCUGGUGAACGCAUACGAAUUGUGGAAAGACUCGACAUGAAAGCCACUAGAGAGGCUCUGGAAGAGUCCUAUAAUGAAGGCUUCCGCAGUAUCGCCAUCUGCCUGCUUCACUCGUACACCUUCCCCCAUCACGAGCAGGCUAUUGCAAAGGCGGCAAAAGAAGUUGGUUUCACCCAAAUCUCGAUCUCGAGCGAACUGUCGCCUGCCAUUCGAAUGCUCCCGCGUGCCAACUCUGCGGUUACAGACGCGUACCUUACCCCCGCAAUUCAAUCUUACCUCGAGGGAUUCAGGGCAGGCGUGAAAGAGGAAACCCUAGAAGCAAUGAACUGGCGAAUCAUGCAGUCCGACGGAGGACUGGUGCAUCCUGCGAGGCUGUCUGGUUUGAGAGCGCUCCUCUCUGGACCCGCAGGUGGCGUCAUUGGCUACGCCAGAACAACAUUUAUGCCCGAGCAGCCUAUCCCCGUGGUUGGGUUCGACAUGGGUGGGACGUCGACAGACGUCUCGAGAUACGCCGGGUCGCCUGAGCUUGUUUUCGAGGCUAUGACCGCGGGUGUAUUUGUGCAGGCUCCACAGCUCGAUAUCAACACCGUGGCAGCUGGAGGAGGCAGUAUUCUGGCAUGGCGAAAGGGUAUCUUGACCGUCGGUCCGGAAAGUGCAGGAUCACACCCUGGCCCAGCCUGCUACCGAAAGGGUGGACCGGCCACUGUCACCGACGCCAAUCUUGUCCUGGGUCGAAUUAUGCCGGAAUACUUCCCGGCAAUCUUUGGAGAGACCCAGGACCAACCGCUUGAUUUCCAGGCGUCGUUCGACAAAAUUUCAGAGUUAGCAGAGGAAAUCAAUCGCGACCAGGGUACGCACUUGUCUACAUACGAGGUUGCCGAUGGUUUCAUUGCCGUUGCAAAUGAAGCCAUGUGCAGGCCGAUUCGAGCUCUCACAGAAGCCAAGGGACACCACAUGUCGGACCACAUUCUGGCUGCGUUUGGUGGUGCUGGUGGCCAGCAUGCCUGUGAUAUCGCACAGGCCCUUCGCAUUGAGCGGGUGGUGGUGCACAAAUAUUCCUCGGUGCUUUCGGCAUAUGGGAUGGCGCUGGCAGACACUGUCCAAGAAGAGAGACUUCCCUACGCCGAGGUUCUGUCGCCUGAAGUCCUGCCUCACAUACAGUCAGUUUUCGAAGAGCUCCGUUUGAAGACGGUCAAGUCGAUCCAGCAGAUGGACCCCACUUGUGGAUAUACCAGCUCUAGCUUCUUUUUGAACCUUCGAUAUGAGGGCAGUGACACAUCACUCAUGAUCGAGAAGCCCGAGGACUCCCUGGAUUUUGAAGAAGGCUUUGUCCGUCAGCAUCACCAAGAAUUUGGUUUCACGCCGACAGGGAGAGACAUUUUGGUAGACGAUAUUCGAGUUCGAACAACCGCCAAAGCAUCGUCAGAGGAUAAGGUCGGCCUGCGGGAAUUGGGCACAUUCAAGGUCAGACGACCUGCCUCGUCCAAGCAGACAACCAAGAUGUUCUUCAAAGACUGUGGUAUGAUCAACGCACCACUGUUUCACCUCAAGAAUCUUCUCCCUGGAGAUGUGAUUGUUGGUCCUGCGGCGGUCAUCGACAAUACACAGACCAUCAUCAUCUCGCCGGGAUGCACGUCCACUACAUUAUCCUCAAUGCUCGUCAUCGAUGUCAACACCAAUCCCCCAACCGUGACUGCGGAUAACCAGGACCCUAUCCAACUAUCCGUCUUUGCUAAUCGUUUUAUGGGAAUUGCAGAGCAGAUGGGACGGGCCUUGCAAAAGACAUCGGUCAGCACCAACAUCAAAGAGAGACUGGACUUCAGCUGCGCUAUCUUCUCCGCUGAUGGAGGCUUAGUGGCAACUGCACCGCAUGUUCCUGCUAUGCUAGGGAGCAUGGCUUUUUCAGUGAAAUGGCAGAUUGAGCACUGGAAAGGCGACAUCAAGGACGGGGAUGUUUUCCUGUCUAAUUCACCCUCUGCGGGAGGAACGCAUCUCCCGGAUCUGACAGUCAUCACGCCAAUCUUCGACGACAAGGGACAGAAUGUGAUCUUCUGGACCGCAUCGCGAGGACACCAUGCCGAUGUCGGCGGGAUUGUCCCUGGGUCCAUGCCUGCAACUUCCAAGGAAUUAUGGGAAGAAGGGGCAAUUAUCGAGAGCCUCAAGAUUGUUGAAAAUGGGGUGUUCCACGAGGAGCGUGUCUGGAAGGCCAUGUUCGAAGACCCUGCUCGCUAUCCAGGUUGUCAAGGAACGCGCACAUAUCAAGACAACUUGACAGAUAUCAAGGCGCAGGCGGCGGCAAAUAAUAAAGGCUCGACCUUGGUUGUCAGGCUCAUCCAAGAGUACACUCUUGAAACAGUACUGCUCUACAUGGCCGCAGUGCAGCGAGCAUCUGCCAGUGCGGUUGCCGAGACACUCAAGUCAAUCUGCCGCGCAAAGGGGCGCAAUAUAUUCGAAGCGGAAGAUUUCAUGGAUGAUGGAACAAGACUCAACCUCAGAAUCACUACUGAUCCAGAGACUGGAAGAGCCGACUUUGAUUUCAGUGGGACCGAUCCACAGGCUCACGGCAACUGGAAUGCGCCCCUUGCCGUCUCCAACUCGGCCAUCAUCUACACCCUCCGCUGUCUCGUCAAUGCCGACAUUCCACUAAACCAAGGCUGCAUUCUGCCCAUCAACAUCAUCAUCCCCGACAGUUCCCUCCUCAGCCCAUCCGCAGGCGCAGCCGUGGCUGCAGGCAAUGGACUGACCACACAGCGAAUAGUCGAUGUCAUCUUAAAGGCCUUUGAGUCCUGCGCCGCCAGCAAUGGCUGCAUGGCCAAUUUUACCUUCGGUCUACCACAGACUCCAGAAGAUCCAGGCUUCGGUUACUACGAGACUGUCGCCGGGGGUAGUGGCGCAGGGCCGGGCUGGCAGGGUGAGGACGGUGUGCACUGCCAUAUGACAAACACACGAAUCACCGACCCCGAGAUCCUCGAGCGCCGCUAUCCAGUUUUACUGAGGCAGUUUGCACUGCGGCCGAACAGUGGAGGGCGCGGGAAAUACGGUGGUGGCAAUGGCAUCAUUCGUGAGAUUGAAUUCUUGAUUAACAUGCACGUCGGUAUUCUAUCUGAGCGUCGCGCUUUUCAACCAUACGGCAUGGCUGGCGGCUACCCGGCAGCACGCGGUCAGAAUCUUUGGUUCCGGCGUGAAGAUGGGCGGGUGAUUAAUGUGGGUGGCAAGGCCACUUUCUAUGCUCAAGCUGGCGAUCGGAUGCGCAUCUGCACACCUGGUGGCGGAGGAUAUGGAUCCGUACUAUCGGAUGGUGUGGAUAGUAAGGGAACGGGCGAUGCGAAGAAGCUGGGAUUCGUGCCUCUCGCCAAUGGGUCUUUACACGCAAGACAGGCGAUGGAAGGCGACCAAUAA